CUCUUCUCCUUCUCUCUCACCAUUCUCUCACUCUUCCUCCGUUCUCCUCCAUCGUUCCUCUCCUUUUUCAGUGGUGUCCCUCCGACACCCUCACUCGCUGCUACCUCUCUCUCUCUCUCUCUCUCUCUCUCUCUCUCUCUCUCUCUCUCUCUCUCUCUCUCUCCCCCUGACACCCCCCUUCCUCCCUUGCUUAGCCUGUCCUGCCGUCCCUCUAGUGUUCGCGCGCUCUCUCUCACUCCCUCCUCCCUCUAUCCUGUCUACCCGACUCGUUCCCUCUCACCGCAGCCGUCUCGCUCGCGCCCACAGCCGUGCACCUCCGCCUUCCUAUCCGCCGAGCGAAGGACUGGAUUCCGUCGAAAAGAAACGACGAUUCGGAGGAUAGUCGCGACCGAUCAUAGCUGGCGCGGUGAUCGGAUCAACUGAGUGAACUAGCCGCCGCGAUUAACCGCAUCGCGCGCGUACGUACGCCGACACGUACGCGUACGCGUGUAGGACACACGUACGUACGUACGUGUAGCAACGUACAUACGUUCACCACGCAUCGCGCGCUGCGCGUGUCCGUGCCGCGCGACGCGCGACUUUUUUCCGCGACGUCGGUGCCGCGACUCGCGACACCCCGACAGUGUGCCGGCGGCGGCUCGCUCUCUCUCUCUCUGUCCGUGGGAGGACAGACCCACCGCCGCGCCUCCCCUUACAAACAAGCAGAGCGCGAGUGUGAACACAGUGCGUGCGGACUGUUGACGACUGUCGGCUGACAGUUCAACCUCCCUGUGGAAUAUUACACCGCCGGCCGCGACGGCGGCGACGACGACGACGACGACGACGACGACGACGUCGACGUCGACGUCGACAACGACGAUUGCAACGACGACGACGACGACGACGACGACGUCGACGACGACGACGACGACGACGACGACGACAACGUCGGCUGCGAUAAUAAAUCGCGAUCGAUCCCGUGGAAGACUGCCGCUGCCUACCGCCAACCUAUCGAGAACUGUCCGGCCUCGUUCCCGUGUUAACACGACUUGCCAGCGUCGCGUGUGACAGUGCGAGUGCAUAUGCCGGCAGCGGACCGCUUCGUAAGAUCGCAGGAUCGAGCGCAGUCGGGCACCGAGCCGCGACGACGGAGCACGCGGGAGUGUCGGUGCGAGUAGCACCCCCCGGGGGUGGCGCAGCCACUACACGCGACAGACAGAGGCUCCUCGCACCCCCGCGCCCCCGCACGUCAUAAGCGCGUUAAGCGCGCGCUAGUGAAAAGCAAAACGGGAAAAUAAAAUAUUCUCAGCGGAAGUGUGACAGAUAAUCCCCGUCGCGAGGUGACCGACCAAGGUGCGCACCGGAAGCGCACGCGACCUGGCCGCGGAUGCCGCGGGCUGGAAAGAUGAUCGCGUAGCGGUGCCCGACCAACACGGCCCUGAGCGGCCGACACAUCAUGUCACAGUUCUCUUUCCGAGGAUCGCCAAAUCUACAGUGUCCUGUGACAGUGAGCUCGUCGUUGGCGCCGUCCUCGGUUUCGCCGGCAGCCGGCACGAUACUGAGCGCGGGGGGUUCGUCCCUGGUCGGCGCAACCGGAACGACGACGAAUCAUCCCCUGGACGUAGCCGGUCUGUCGAACGCGAGGAUGGCGGUGACUAGCGCGGUGGUGCGGCCACCGGGUAGUCCCACUACCUCGGUCAGCCCGUCUCAGGGUCAUCCGCCGCCAUCGGCCGGCGGUCCGGCAGCAGCCAGGUGCUGCGACACCGGUCGGCCGAUCUUCACGGACCCGUUGACGGGCCAGACCGUCUGCUCCUGCCAGUACGAGCUGCUGGGUAGCUACCAACGUCUAGGAGGCCUACCUACGGCGGCCCUCUCCAUGUACAGCGCGCCCUACGCCGCCGCUGCAGCGGCCGCGGCAUCUGAGGGUAUGGCGGCGUACUUCCCUAGCUUGGGUGCCGAGCAAGCACCCUUUUACACGCCCACGGCUGCUGGUCUGGAUCUCAAAGAAAAUCUGGGAGCUGGAGCGGCGGCGGCGUGGCCUUACCCUUCGGUGUAUCACCCUUACGACGCUGCUUUCGCGAGUUACCCUUUCAACGGCUACGGCAUGGAUCUAAACGGCGCGAGGCGAAAGAAUGCGACGCGGGAAACGACGAGCACGCUGAAAGCGUGGCUGAACGAACACAAGAAAAAUCCGUACCCUACAAAGGGCGAAAAGAUCAUGUUGGCUAUUAUUACCAAGAUGACGCUAACGCAAGUGUCGACGUGGUUCGCGAACGCGCGAAGACGCUUGAAAAAGGAAAAUAAGAUGACGUGGGAGCCGAGAAACCGAGUCGAGGACGAAGAUAAUAAUAACGAGGACGACGACAGCGGGAGAAAGAGCGUCGACGAGAAGGAUCGUUUAGAUUCGAAAGACUCAGGUACAGGUUCCAGCGAAGACGGGGAGCGACCGGCGCACCGUCUCGACCUUCUGCACAGUAGCAGCGGCGGAUCGGCGGGCGUUCAAGGUAGAACCGAGAGCGAAUGGAGCGAAUCGCGUGCGGAUAGCGGCCCGGACAGUCCGGAAUGCCUGUACGACCAGAGAGAGCCGAGGCAUCCGUUGCAACUGCAACAUCCAGCCUAUCUCGCGCCGAAUCACGGCCGGCUGUUACGUCACCCGUCACCGGAGAGCACGUCGCCAGGUAGCCAACACCAUCAUCUACCGCCGAGCACCAGCGCGUCCACCACGGGCAGCGCGGUGCCCACGAAGCCGCGAAUCUGGUCGCUCGCGGACAUGGCGAGCAAGGACGGCGACCAGACCUCCAACACGAAUCCCACCACAAUGACGGAUCUCGUAACGACGCCCUACGGAAGUGGUACCACCGGGGGAGGAGGUGGCGGCGGCGGCGGAGGUGGUGCAGGUAAACUCGUCAACCCGCUGGCCAGUCGGCUGCCGACUCAUCAUUCUCUCCACCCGGCGAUACAUCCGGGAACGCAAUUCGUACGACCGCAUCCGGACUUCUACAGAAACCUGUACGGCGCGUCUCACCUUGGCACCGGUGACAUAUCCCUACUGGAGACCUACUCGAGGACUCUGGGUGGAUUAGGCGGCGUGAUGCCGCCGUCCACCGCUCCGAGCAUACUGACGACCUCGUCCUCCGCGAUCUCCGUCGCCGGUAACGUGAAACCUUUCUCGAUCAACGGGGGUGCCGUCGGCAGCGUCGUCGGCGGCGCCGUCGUCGUCGGCGGCGGUGGAGGCGGCGGCGGCGGCGGCGGCGGCGGCGUCGCCGGAUCGGCCGGUGUUUUGCUGACCACCGCGUCCUCCGGACUGUCGCCGUCGUCGUCGUCGACGGCAUCCUCGGGCGGGUCCGAUCAGUCGCCGCAUCCGGCGAGCGGCCUCGCGUCCGCGACGCAGGAACUCAAGUCACCCGGACGAGUGUGACUCGAUGCGGUCGCUCGUUAAUGGAAGAUAAAGAAACGAGGAGACAGGUGCCAGAGAAAGAGAGAGAGAGAGAGAGAGAGAGAGAGAGAGAGAGAGAGAGAGAGAGAGAGAGA